UUUUGAUUUGCUCGUGUUUACAGCGUGUUGGUGAGGUUAUUGGUAAAGUUCGUGCAUUCCCCAUUAAACAUUUGAUUGUAUUUUGAGUUAAUUGAGUUAAAGAUUUUUGUAAAACGUCUUCUAUUUUGUGGUUGUGAUAGUUAACUUUACGGGUUUUGCUUUUUUAUCUAGUGAAUAAGUAUUGUUAGUGUGUUUGAAACGUGGGUAAAAUUCUGCAUAAAAUGGCUGCCUUUAACACUUACAUCAUCCAGAUCGUUAGACGAUCCAGCAACAAUACAAUUGGCGACCAGAAUCAGUUACCAUCAUGUCUGCCGAUGAAUCUCAAGCCGAUGACGUCUCCCACUUUUUUGAAGAACAGUUACACCGUUUAAGUUUCGAACAAUCCACCGUCGAGAAGUCUAUUCUCGAACUUUUCUCAAAAAUCGUGAAUUCAGACAACCCUCCAACAACAAGUAACAUUACUCCGUGCAUAAAUAUCCCUCGGCGACUAAAUUAUUUCGUCCCCGACCGCAACAUCAGAAUUUAUGGACAAUUGUGGCGAUGGACACAUAUCCGCAAACACCACAUACAAGCAGAGCUUGCAAACUUUACACCUGACAGAAGCUGUUAUUCGGCCAUUCAUAGAGAAAUUUGUCUCAAUCCAUUACAUUACUUGAGAAAAAGUCGACCAACUGCAGGCCUCGCGUGGCAUCUACCUGUUCAUCCGUGGGCGACCAUCGUCUAUUACGAAAAGUGUCGUAAGUUACAAACUUUUGAGUGUUUUCCACCUAAGAUUGUUGUAAAGUGUAAUACCGUGGCUGAAGAAGUAGUCGAGUGUUUUAAUUUGGAGGAAAUUCGAAACGAGUCACGAGAGGACGAAGUGACUAAUACGAGAAGACAAAUAGGGAACGGAAUUUCUCUUCAUUAUGAGGAUGGAUCUGUUUUUAUACAACUGUUGUCCGACUCGGUCGUUUAUAUCCAAUCGCUUUAUUGUAAUAGGGUUAAACAUCAUAUGGAACAUACUCUCCAUCCGUUACAGCCACUUGAUAUAACAAGUAUGCAACUGAUGGAUGAUGAUGUAUUCCAUACGUUAUUAAAUGACGCGGCUAAACAAGGAACUGAAGCGGUCUAUGAACUUGCAAAGAUGUUUACCAUAAGAGUAGUUUUUGUGGACCACUGGAGAACGGAAACACCAGUUACAAAUUACAAUUGUUGGAUAGAGAUACGAUUAUGCAGACAAAUGAAAUGGAUACAUAACUCUUUACAACAAAUGGGAGCUCCAUACAAUCUCCAGUACUAAGAAUGUAGCUACAAUUUUCUAAUAAAACUUUUAUUUAUGUGUAA